AUGGACAAACCCCACACACUCCUCUCUCCCAACAGAACCAACUGCAAUUCACCCGAAUUCGAGUUCUGGAUGCUCCGAAACCCUUCUUUCCCUCAACCUAACCUUCUCUCCGCCGAUGAACUUUUCGUUGACGGCGUCCUCCUCCCCCUCCACCUCCUCCCAAACAAACCACAACCCUCUCCCAAAGCCUCCACCUUUACACCUCCGAUCCACGAACACGACCCGGAACUCGCUUCACCGCCUGACCCAGAACCUUCCCCUUCCAUUUUAACCGAACCCACCUCCUCCUCCUCCUCCUCCUCCACAUCGAAACGGUGGAGAGACAUUUUCAGAAAGAGCGAUAAGAAAAACUCAGAAAACAACGAAGAGAAAGAGAAGGGGAAGAAGAGAGAGAGAAAAAGUGGUACUGCAACGACUUCCGCGGAAUUGAACAUCAACAUAUGGCCCUUCUCCCGGAGCAGGUCCGCGGGAAAUGCGGGUACCCGACCCAAGUUAUUCGCCGGAACACCGGUGACCCGGAAGGUAAACAGCGCGCCGUGCUCCCGGAGCAACUCCGCCGGCGAGUCCAAGUCCAGAAAAUGGCCCAGCAGUCCGGGCCGGGCCGGCGUCCACGUAGGCCGGAGCAGCCCGGUCUGGCAGGUUCGCCGCAAAAACCCCGACCCUCCCAAAUCUCGCCGGAGCAAAGUUGCCGGCGGCGGAGGAACUGCGAGGGUUUUGAAUCUGAACGUCCCUAUGUGCAUUGGCUACAGACCCAACCUGAGCUGCAGAAGCGACGAGAACAGCGCCGUCGGUGUUAGCGGCGGCGGCGGCACCAAUGGUAACAGUAAUAAUAAUAAUAAUAACAAUAAUACUCAUAAUAGUAAUGGAGGCAAUGAUGGAGGAGGUGGGGGUAAUAUUUUUAACCUGCGCAACCUCUUCACCAAAAAAUGCGUAGUAACUUCUCACUAG